AUGGCCCCGACCGCGGAGCCAUCUUCGCCGCCGCCGCAGCGGCGCCCCCGCACGGGCCCACCCCCGGGGCUGAAGAACCUCGGCAACACCUGCUACCUCAACAGCGUCCUCCAGUGCCUUGCGUCCACGCCACCCCUCGCCACGUUCUGCCUCGACUCUCGCCACUCCAACCUGUGCAAGAAGGUGUUCCCGAACAGGGUGGAGUGCGCGUUCUGCGUGCUUGAGCGGCAGAUCGCCCGGCUGCUUCGGGCGGAUGCAGGGGCGCUCGAUUCCCCCGCAAAGCACUGCAGGUGGGGGCGCCAGGAGGACGCGCACGAGUUCCUCCGCUAUGUGGUAGAUGCCUGUCACACUGCUGGCCUCCGCAUGCGCAAGCGGCUACGUGCAGCAGUUGCCAAUGGAAACUUUGGUGAGGAUGGCCGGGGGCAGGGGGCGUGUCUGGUUAUGAGGGAGACAUUUGGUGGGGCAUUGCUGAGUCAAGUGAAGUGCCUUGUGUGCAAGGGAGAGUCUAACAAGACUGAUGAGAUAAUGGACAUCAGUCUCGAUCUGCCUGGGAGCAGUUCUGUAUGCUAUUCUUUAUCUAAAAAGGAACAAAUGGUUCUCAGAGGAAGAUGUAAAAAGCUCACCUCAGCACGGAAGCAAAUGUUUAUGCUGAGGGCACCUAAGGUGCUUGUCAUACAACUCAAGAGGUUUGAGGGGAUAAAUGGUGGAAAGAUCAACAGGAAUAUAGAAUUCAAAGAGGCACUUGGUCUUUCUGAUUGCAUGUACAAUAAAAACCAGGAUCCGCAACCAGUAUAUAAUCUUUUUGGUUGUAUCGUCCACUCAGGGCUCUCCCCAGAGUCUGGUCGCUACUAUGCCUAUGUUAAGGAUGCUAGUGGUCAAUGGUUUUGUUGUAACGAUUCUCAUGUCUCCCUAUCAAGCUCUCAGAAUGGUUUGUCUGAGAAGGUCUAUAUCCUAUUUUAUAUACUGAAUUCGAAAACUCAAAAGCCUAGUACAAAUGGUUACUCUUCUACUGCAGCUAAACCUUUCAGCACGAAUGGAAUUGGCAUAUCAAGCACCUCAUCUAGUGAGACCUCGAAGGUACCUUUGGUAAAACAGAAUGGCAUAUGUUCUACCAAAGGUAAUGUACUGAUGCCCUUGAAGAAUGGCAAGACUGCAUCAGGUCCACUUAUCAAGCCGAUUCACUUUAAGAAUAGCGCAGCAGAAAAGGUUAUGUCAAAUGGCAAAGUAAACCUCACUUCAAAAAUUAAUCCAGAGGUUAAUGAAACUGCUAAAUCAUCAGAAUCAAAUGGUUGCAAGACUGGACAAUUUGUGGGACCCAGUAAAAAUAAUGCUGAUAAUACUAUUUCUUGUGGAGAGAGAGGCCAACAAUCAGAAAUAAUACUGCAGGAUGCAAAUGGAAAUGGCCAGCCAAUUCAUCAUUCCCAGUAUCUUGGUGAGACCAGUAACGGCAAUGCUAUGCCCGCUCAACAAGAGACCAGUAAUGGCAAUGCCACGCCCUCUCAACAAGAGACCAGUAAUGGAAAUGCCAUGCCCACUCAACAAGAGACCAGUAAUGGCAAUGCCACGCCUGCUCAACAGGAGACCAGCAAUGGCAAGGCCUCACAUGCUGAACAAUAUUCUGACCGGUCAUCUCAUGCAAACUCUUCAGGAAAAAAACGCCAACUUGAAGAAGAUAAGUUUCAGGAAAUGCUUGCUAAGUCAGCUAAUUCUGAGCUUCGGCUGUCUGUAUGGAUGGAUGAUGUCUAUAAUUUUAUGCGCUCGCAAAAGAGGCAUCGAAUUCAAAGUUCAGACAUUCCUCAAGAUUUUGAUGCAAUGAGAAAGCAGCUAAAAUCAGAUUCUGCAAGCAUAUUUAGUUCAAAAAUUCCGGAGUCACUGAGGGAAAAUCUCAUUAAACGCCUGAGAUCAUACUUUGAGGUGUCAAUUGGACCUUGGUGGUCAACUCCCCAACUCCUCGCGCGGCUUAAUUUUUGA